GGCCGGGCGCCCGGAGAGGCGGAGUUGCGGCGUCGCCCUUCGCCUCAGCUCGCGGCAGCCGCGCCUCGGGGGCGGGGGAGGUGGUGACAGAGCCGCAGGGGUCUUGGGGCCCUGCAGAACCGUGGGCUGCUGGACUAGGCAAUCAGCAGAAGAACAUGGCGCCCUGGACACUCUGGCGCUGCUGCCAACGCGUAGUGGGCUGGGUUCCGGUGCUCUUCAUCACCUUUGUGGUCGUCUGGUCCUACUACGCGUACGUGGUGGAGCUGUGCGUGAGUACUGUUUCCAGAACAGGAGAAAAAGGAAAGACCGUUGUUUACCUUGUGGCUUUCCAUCUGUUCUUUGUUAUGUUUGUAUGGUCCUAUUGGAUGACAAUUUUCACAUCUCCCGCUAGCCCCUCCAAAGAGUUCUACUUGUCAAACUCUGAGAAGGAACGUUAUGAGAAGGAAUUCAGCCAAGAAAGACAGCAAGACAUUUUGAGAAGAGCAGCAAGAGACUUGCCUAUCUACACCACGUCAGCUUCAAAAGCUAUCCGAUAUUGUGAAAAAUGUCAGUUGAUUAAACCUGACCGGGCCCAUCACUGCUCAGCAUGUGACAGAUGUGUUCUUAAGAUGGAUCAUCACUGUCCAUGGGUGAAUAACUGUGUGGGAUUUACUAAUUACAAGUUCUUCAUGCUGUUUUUGUUGUAUUCUCUGCUGUAUUGCCUUUUCGUGGCUGCAACAGUUUUAGAGUAUUUUAUAAAAUUUUGGACGCUUUGCCGCAGGAAAUCUACAGAGAAUUGCCCAAAGAAUGAACCAACAGUUUUAACGUUCCCCAGCGCAAAGUUCCCCAGCGCAAAGUUCCAUGUUCUGUUCCUGUUCUUUGUGUCUGCAAUGUUCUUCGUCAGUGUGCUUUCACUGUUCAGCUACCAUUGCUGGUUGGUUGGAAAAAAUAGAACAACAAUAGAAUCAUUUCGUGCACCUAUGUUUUCUUAUGGAAUAGAUGGAAAUGGUUUCUCUCUUGGAUGCAGUAAAAAUUGGCGACAAGUCUUUGGUGAUGAAAAGAAAUAUUGGCUAGUUCCAAUAUUUUCAAGCUUGGGUGAUGGUUGCAGUUUUCCAACUCGCCUUGUGGGGAUGGAUCCAGAACAAGCGUCUGUUGCAAACCACGGUGAAUACAUCAGAAGUAUUGGCUCAAAUCAACCUUUUCCUAUCAAACCACUUAGUGAGUCAAAAAACCGUUUGUUGGACAGUGAAUCUCAGUGGCUAGAGAAUGGAGCUGAGGAAGGAAUCACCAAAUCAGGGACAAAUAACCAUGUUACAGUGGCAAUAGAAAAUUGAGUACUGCCUGUUCAUAACUAACCAUUUGAUGAGUGAAAGGUAUAUAAAAACACAUUUUGGACUAUUUUCAGUUUUAUUUGGAAGAAAAUGAUGGAUGGAAUGAAAUACUCGAAGUAUAACAGAAGAUAUAUUUUUAAAAGGACGUGUUUGUACAGUGAUGGUUCCACAGAAGCACUACAGAGCAGAAAGAUGCCUUAAUUUUUAGUGUCCAUUUGUGUAACAUUGCCUCACAGCUCAAAAGUGACUUAAUUUUCCUUUGGAAAUGACACCUGUCUUACCUGUUUUACAAUGCUGUCGUCACAUGUUAACAUGCUGUAUGUAUUUUUAACAUCUAAAUCACAACAUUAGAGUUAUUUCUAGUAUCCACAUAAAUUUUCACCCUAAAAAUACAAACUAAAAAACUGUCUGUGAUGAAGUAUAUCUAGGGCAAUGGGGGUUAAAGAUGAUAGCCAAAUCACUGAGUCUUGUGCUGUGUGAAGGGAAGAAUACUUCUUUUUUAUUAGAUGUUUACUAAUUUAUAAUUACUGUUUUAUACUUUUCAACAUUUUAAUAAAGAUUUUUUUAAUUAUUGGCUAUAAAAUAACACUCAGAAGGAUUCAGAUACCUAAAUAUAAACUGAAGAUAUUAAUAUAAUUCAGUGAAGGUAUAGUUAGAAGCAUUCAUACUUCUAAUUAGUACUUUUAAAAGCCAAGUGGCACAUGUCUGUAAUCCAGCACUCAGAAAGCUGAGGUAAGAUUGCUGUGAAUUUGAGUCCAGCGUUAGUUACGUAGGACCGUAUGUAUCCACAACACAGAUUAACACAACAUGUGGUGUAGUGUGAGCCGAAGGCGCAAAGGAAACAUGGUAGGAAAAGAAAUAGUUUGGUAUUCUCUGCUUUUUAAUUACUAUUUGUGAAUUUUCAGGGGAAUUUUAUAUGGGCAGGAAAGCAUAGAGAUUUCACAUGCUAUCCAAAGACGUAACACAUACAUGAAUAGAUGGGAGUGGAUAAAGAAGAGAGAAUGAAAGAAGGAAUAUUAUAAACAACUGAACAAAUUUUCAUCCCUAAAAGUAUAUAUAGACUACCAUAUGCUAUUGAAUAGGCUUUCAGUUUAGGCAAUGUCUGGAAAUUACUAUGGUAACAGUGACUGAAAAUGCAGUUCAGAUCAGGAUGAAAUAAAUAAAAAAUUUAAAAAAAAAUACAAAUUGCGAGUCUUGGGCAGGAGAAAUGUUUCCAUACAUAAAGGCCCUUGCCCUCAAAUGUACAACCUGACAUCAGUCACAUUCUGGAAGAAGAGAACCAACUCCCUACAUGUGGUCCUCUGGCAUUUACAUGUGCCAUGGACUCUCCUUUUAAAAGAUAGUGUGUUUUUUAGCAUCUAGCAGCUUUACCAGGAAUGGCUAUAUUUAGGAGAUUAGUCCAGUGGUCUGUGAACAGGCAAAGUAGAGAUGGCAGUUCAGAGACUCCCAACAUUAUGCAGUGCUGAGGUUUGUAAAUAACCUUGCUUCUCACUUACCCAAGUAGCUCUGAAGUCCUCGGAAUAUCGAGCGUACUAAAGAUAGCACUGUGAUUCCUAAUCCUGUAUAAAUCAAGACGGCUGCUGCUUUAACUUUGUAAUUUCGGAAGUUUAUUGGAUUCCCUUUAACUGCACUAAUUCUGAAUCUUAAGUAAGUAACUUUUGGUCCUUUGGACCAAAGGAGAGAGUUAGCAUUGGCACCAUGGUUUAAAAUUGUAUGUAGUAUGGAUUCCUCUUCAUUUCAACUCUUUAUUGUUAAAACUUUCAUUCUAUAAAAAAACCAAUUAAGAGAUACCAAUGACUGCUAGGCGUGCUGGUGCAUGCUGGCCAUCUCAGCCCUUGGGAGUCUAAAUGAAGUCUGUCUAGUUCAUUCUCAGCAUCAUAGUGAGUUCACAAGUCGCCUGUGCUGCAUGAAACCUGUGUCAGGAAACCAAGAGGAAAAAAGACCAAUUAUUAGCCAGAAAUACAACCUCAAUUUGGCCAUUUGCAUGCUACUUUCAGAAUGUUCUCGUAUUUCAGAGUUUCUAUAUUUAGAUCUGGGCUUUGCAUGCACCUGUCAUAUUUGACCCUUUAACACACCGUUAUGUAGAAGUUCUGAGUGCUCAUCCUUUGUUUACUAGCAUAGCAAACCAUUUUUAGUUUUCUGCUUUGGUAGCCUUUAUAGCCAGCCUUUUGCCAUGUCCUAAAAUGUCUAGCUGCCUUUUGUUGUUUUGGUUUUGUUUCUUUUUUUUUGCUGGGGAAUCAAAACCAUGGCCCUCUGCAUACUAGGCAAGUCCUCUACCACUGAGCUCCAUCCUUGGCCCAGGCUGAAGCCGUUCAUACAUGUCAGUAAACCGUUCAUUAGGGGCCAGCACGUGGUAUGGGGAUCAGGGAGAGGCUGGCUGCUUAGUGUCUGAACUGGCAUUGAGUCUGCUCUCAGCUGGGGGGACAAUGUUAAAAGGAAGCUUUGCCAAAAUUUCAAACACUUGAACAUUUGUGAAGAAAAUGGAGUUAAAUUUCAGGUCCUGCCCUUGCCAUUAAAAACAUGAGACAGGAGACUCGGUUUACCUGGGUACAGAGGUACUGACUGUGAGUACCUGCACCUGACCGCUGUCACCGUGCCAACCACUGUCACCGUGCCAACCAAAGCGCUGCAGUGUACCGCUGUUGACAUGAGCAUGUUUACAGUGUGCCAGCAUUGACAUGAGCAUGUUUACAGAGUUGAGUUUUUCUUCAUGUAAGAGUGAUUUUUAAAAAAACUUUUUACAUAGUAAUGAUUCAAUGUGUUAAAAGCAUAACUGGUUAGCUUAAAAUAUGAACUUUACUUGAAUUUUAAUUCUUACAGAAAGCAAAUUUUGACUGUUUACAGGAAUGCUUGAAAUGAGUCAUGAGACCUCCAGUUAUCUCUGAAGCAAAGCUAUGUUACAGGCUUAGUGUUAGAGCCUGCAUAUCUGGGGCAUUCAAAGGCAGUAACUCAAACAAUGCUUCGCUUACAUCUUGUUCUACAGAGUAGUAUUUACAGUCUGCAUACGUAUUUUUAACUGAUAUUAAGAAAUCAUAUUUUUGCAUUUCAGUCAAACUAAUAAGAACAUAGGUAAAAGUACAAAUAAGAUGUAAAUCUGAAAUUCAUGUUUCAUAUGAUCUAAGCUGUAUUUUUAAAUUCAAAUUUAAAAUACAAUAGAGAUUCAGAAAGGUCCAUAUUUUUCUAAUGACUUCAUGCUAUAUUAUUUUCUUGAGUUAGGUAAAGCAAGGAAUUGUAUGUGUAUUCAGGAGCUGAGAAAGCUGUUAGUUUAUUAUAUUUGUACGUGAUUACAGAUAAGCCUAUGCCCAUUUAAAAGAAAAGAUGGAUACUAUUUAAGGUGAUAUUUAAUAUGCUUUUCUAUAAACAAGUUUGAAAUAUAGUUUACCUUAGUUGUCUUAUCAAUAGCAUAGCCUUCUAUUUAUUUCUCAUUGUGUAAACCUGGACCAUGACCAAUGACUCUGUGCUCUGUACUUUGGAUGGCAUAACCUGCAUUACUAUGUGUGCAUUUUACAAUUUUUUUUCAGAAACCAUAAUUACUUUAUUAAUAAACAGAUAGAGAUGUUGUCUUGUUUUU